AGGGCGCGUUUGUAGAUGCGCAGCGAGGAUUUGUGUUUUCUUGCGCGGAUCAAGAAAGGGAGGGAAGGGGGCGGAGCCACUGCUCCACUUUGCAGGGACGCGCUUCGGGGGUCUGGCGAAGCGGUGGGUGCAAAUGUGCCGGGUGCUUUCCUCUCCACACGUUCAGCGAUGCCGGGUUGAGAUGCUUCUCCAAAAUGGCCCGCAGCAGGAAAUGUAAAAAGCACUUUGCAGAGGCCUGAAGUGGGGCAGGAAGUCGGCGGCGCGCUGGGAUCGCCGGGCGCGCAGAGUGAACCCGGGAGCCGGGAUCGCGAACGGGGGAUCUAGAAAUUGCCGCCUCUAAUGCCCCACCGCUUGCGUGGCGCAGACCAAGGCAGAGGAAGGGCUGGGCAAAGAGUCCGGCUGGAGAGAAGGAGCCUCAGCUCUGUGCCCCCAGAGUCUGGGAUCGUGGCCGACAUUGAUUUGGAGAACAUUCUCUCUCUGAGCAGCGAGAGCUUCUACGAACUCAAAAGCCAACCCCUUGGUGUCAGCCCUCCACGGGCUCCAGCUCAAGGUCCUAGCAUGUCAUCCCGGGUUCUACUCCGGCAGCAGCUGAUGCGGGCACAGACACAAGAGCAGGAACGUCGGGAGCAGCAGCAGGCAGCACAGUUCACUCCUGCACCUGCUGCACCAUCCACACCGGCGAUUUCUGUGAGCCCACUAGCUCGCCCUGCACCUGCCCAGGUGCCUGUGGAGGUAUUGAAGGUUCAAACACACCUGGAGAACCCCACCAAGUACCACAUCCAACAGGCACAGAGACAGCAAGUCAAACAGUAUCUUUCUACCGCAAUGGGGGGCAAGAUGUCAACACAGGCAUUAACUGGGACUAGCCCUGGUGCGCCCACCUGCUCACCACAGGCUGCUUCCGCCCCUGAGCCCCCACCUGGCUUGCCUCACCAGCAGGGAGUGGCAGGAGGCACUGGCAGUGCCCCCAAUAGCCCGAUGGCUAUGCUCAACAUUGGUUCCAGCUCUGAGAAAGAGGUGAGUAGAAAUUCUGCUAUCCCCUUCAUCCCUCAUGUUCCCACAGUCUUUCUUGCCUUUUCCCCCCCUCCUUGCUUCCCGAAUAUUUCCAGCUGGCCCCCCUCAUCUCAGAUCCAUCUAACCCCACCCCACUCUCCUCUCUGUCAGAUUGAUGAUGUCAUUGACGAGAUUAUCAGCCUGGAGUCCAGCUACAAUGAUGAAAUCCUAAACUAUGGUGGCCUGCAGAUGCCCAGCACUCUGCCAGUCUCUGGAAACCUCCUGGACGUGUACAGGAACCCAGGAAUGAUGGAGCCAGCUGUAACUGUCAGCAACUCCUGCCCGGCGGACCUGCCCAAUAUCAAGAGAGAGAUGUCAGAAAAUGAAGCCAAAGCAUUUCUGAAGGAGAGGCAGAAGAAAGACAACCACAAUUUAAUUGAACGACGGCGGCGGUUUAAUAUAAAUGACCGAAUCAAAGAACUGGGGACCCUCAUCCCCAAAUCUAAUGAUCCGGAAAUGCGCUGGAAUAAAGGGACUAUCCUGAAGGCCUCAGUGGAUUACAUCCGCAAAUUGCAGAAGGAACAGCAGCGCUCCAAGGAGAUGGAGCUGAGACAGCGCAAAUUAGAGCAAGCUAACCGCAGCCUGCAGCUACGAGUACAGGAGCUGGAACUGCAGGUCCAGAUGCAUGGGUUGCCUUUGACUUCCACCCAGGGGCUUCUGGCACAGUCCUUGGGAGGAGACCCAGCUGCCCCAUUUGCAGAGUCCCUGGAUCUGCCCUUUUCAGCUGAAGAGCUGGGUCUGGGUCUUGCCCUGGGAUCUGAUGGGGGAGCCUUGCAAGACGUUCUUAUGGACGAUGGGACUGCUCUGUCCCCACUGGGUGCCUCUGAUCCACUCCUUUCCUCUGUCUCUCCUGGUGCCUCAAAGGGCAGCAGCCGCCGUUCCAGCUUCAGCAUGGAAGACGAUUCAUGAUGGCAGCUCUUGGCAUUGGGGGCAGUAGGGAUGGAGGCACUGGAAAUGGCUUCACCAUUUUACACGUCUUGUUCUGGCCCAAUGCAGACUUUGCCGCUUACACUCACCGGCUUCAAAUCUCGGAGGCUCCUCUUUUCAGCUUCCACCCCUUCCAUAAUAUUCUGUAUUUUUAAAGGUGCCCUUUUAACAAAAAGGAGGAGCCUCACGGUUGAACUUUCUUCCUACAGAAGGUGAGCUCGAACUAUGUAGUACCAAACUUCCUUCCUAGUAGAAACAGAAUUUUGUUGCAAAUUGUAGGACUGUAUGUUAUCUGCACCCAUUAAGGCUCAGAAACUCAGUGUGAUAAAUUUGUGCAUCUCCAUUACCUAUUCCAAACUUCAGUAGCGUAUGGCUUUAAUGCUGUGCAAGGAGCAUGUAAUCACAAACCUUGAUUCCUUCACUCUAACCUUUAUUUUACACUCUUGCAUCUUUGCUGUAUAUAAUUUGGGCAGAAUUGGGAGGGGAGGAGGAAAGUGGACUUCUUUCAUAGUGUUUUUGCAAAGCAGAGAGCCACUACCUUUUUUAAAAAAGAGAGCUUUAUUUUAUAUAGAUACUGGACUUUUUAAUUUGUACAUCUCAGCCUUUUCCUGUAAUGGUUUCAAAGUUUACUAAACUGCCACUUUCUAGUUAGUGAAACCUUAACAUCUGAGUUGCUUGGCACUCUCCUUCACGAUACAGCUAGCCCAUGUGGAGGGGGGAUGAGACAGUGCCUCUUGGAACUUCACUGGGCAAAGGUGGAGGUCAAAGAAAAGUAAGUGAUGUUCUUGUAAUUGCACAUAUGACUAUUGAAGUGUCAUGGCUGCUCAGCAGAAUUUAAUUACCAUCUCCCCUGUUUUUGUAGGAUAAAUUAAAUUAUAAUCAGUGUUUUUUUAAAAUAAUUUCUUGCUUACCAGAUUGAUGUUAGUAGAAACACAGCAAAUAGGACUGUUUACUAAUUUGUUAGACUUUAAAAAUACUGAAAGCUGAUCUAUGACCUGAUCUCUGGGUGUUUAAAAGAAUGAGCAAAUAUUGUUGCAAAGACAAUCAUUUGGGCUUCACUGGAAACUUCAUCACCACCAUGUAUAUGAAUGCUCUUAAGAUGACCCUGUUCCAAAAGGUUAUCUGAACACACAAACCCUUAGACCUCCGGCAUUAUUGAAUGUCUAGAUUAAAAAAGGAGCUUGGCACUUGUUUUUCAGGAGGGAUAACUCUGAAUCUGGGAGGAACUUCCUAAGAGGAGUGGGGUCUGAAGAUGUACAGGAUGAUAUAGGUUGGAUUCUACAGGAGGACGUGACGAUGUGGGAGUGGGAAUUAUGCACAUCUGGGCAGCUUCUCAGCUGAGACCUUCUUGAGUAGGAGACAAGGAUAUUGGAUUGGGUGGUCAGUGUAAGUGAGAUGUUGCGUAGUGGUAUUUCAGCAUGCCUUGUAGCAAGAAGAAAGAGGGAUGAGGGCAGAGCCACUUGGAAAGAUUAGGUUGGGCAAGUGGUUGCAGUUCUUAACAUGAGUUGAGUUGGACUGUUCAGGGGAUGAAAGAAGGGGGAGAACUGCAGAGGGGAGAGACUUUUUUUCCUCUUUUGUGGAUUCUACAUCCUUAAUGACCCAGAUGCCACUUUCUAUCAUUUUAUUUUGUAUGUUUAAACAUUCCCAAUUACCAGUACUAGAAGCUUCUAAACAAAUAAAUGAACAAUGACCAUUUUCUACA